CGACGUGGCGUCGUCAAGUUGCGGGAUUCGUCUCAGAUAUAAAAGCGCCCGUGGUUCCCACCUCGAUCAGGACACAUACAUAGUCAUUCAACCGCAACUUACCAGCAGCAACACAUCAACACAGCAACACCGACAAAUCCCUUUUCUGACAAACUAACACCACCUUCCUCUCACCUAGCCAUGUCUUUCAUCUUCAACAUCUUCUCCGACAACUCCGUCACCCCCUCUGAGAAGGAGAACGCAGCUGCGCUCAAGGCCAUCAUCAAGGACCACAAGACAGCGCUCAAGGCCGAGAAUAAGCGGUUCGAAGCCGAGUACAAGCAGGCGGUCAAGGAUGCCGAGGUCGAGUACAAGCGAGCGAAGCAGGAGGCCAAGGACGACUUAAUCCGCAAGACCCUGGAUGCUGUCAAGCGCGAGGUUGAUAUCAUCACGGCCACGGACGAGUUUGCCAACUCGGAUGCAAAGACCAAGGGCAAAAUCGAGGGAUUCAGGUCGUGGAUGAACAGUGCGGAAGAGAGGCAUUUUGGUGAGAAGGACGAGGAUCUGGAGGUCUUUGAGAUCUUUGAGACGGAGGUUGACACGAAGAAGAACAAGGACUAGUCCUUG